UCGUGGUUGUGCGGGGGGGAUGAACAGAAGCUCGCUUCUCUCCAUCGCCGCUGCUGGCUGUGCGCGUCACCUCCUUUUACGCGGAGAUCAUUACGCAGCUGCCGGACGACGGAGCGAGGACCCCGCGCGUUCUUCGUCCCAAGUCUGUCAGGAGAACCCCCGCGCAUCGCCCGUCCACCCGGGACUGCGUUGGACCUAAGGGCGCCAACCUGCGCGUUUUCCCGAACAAGUCUGGACAACUACUGCUCCUCGUCCUCUCUCUUUUGGGUUUUUUUUUUUUUUUUUUUUUUUUUGAACACCUUGGAUCUAUCGCUCCAGGAGAACCUCGCGCUCCCGUGUCGCUUCUUCUUCUUCUCCUUCUUUUGUUUUCUUCUUUUUUUCCGCUCAAAGAUGCAAGUCGGACGCAAAUCGUGUUGGAGGCAGUUGCAGGCGUCGUUUUUCAGACUGCUGUGUCUUAUCCCCACAGGCUUCCCCGUCCGGAGUGUGGAUAUGCAGCGGGCCACCGACAACAUCACCAUCCGCCAGGGCGACACGGCGAUCAUAAGGUGUUAUGUUGACGACAAAGUGUCCAAGGUGGCCUGGCUCAAUCGAUCCAACAUCAUCUUUGCCGGCCAGGACAAAUGGUCCCUGGACCCCAGGGUAGAUCUGGUCACCAAAGGACAGCUGGAGUACAGCCUGCGCAUACAGAAGGUGGACGUGUAUGACGAGGGGUCCUACACCUGCUCCAUACAGACGAAGCAGCAGCCCAAGACCUCGCAGGUCUACCUCAUUGUGCAAGUUCCGGCCAACAUCUACAAGGUGACGGAAGACAUCACGGUGAACGAGGGCAGCAACGUGACGCUCAGCUGCUUGGCCAGUGGCAGGCCGGACCCUGCGAUCACCUGGCGACUGCUCAACCCCUCAGCAGAGCCGCUGGACGGAGAAGAGUACCUGGACAUCAUAGGUAUCAUGCGCAACCAAGCCGGCCGCUACGAAUGCAAGGCCAGCAACGACGUCGCCACGCCGGACGUCAAAUACGUCAAUGUGGUUGUCAACUACCCUCCAACGAUGAAGAAAACCCAGAGCUCGGAGACUCAGGUGGGCCGCAUGGGGACGCUGCAGUGUGAGGCCACCGCUGUGCCCACCCCGGAGUUCGAAUGGUACAGGGACGAAAAGAGGCUGUCCAACACCCAGGGCAUCAACAUCCAAAUUCUGGGCACCACCACUAUUCUCAUGAUCGCCAACGUCACCGAAGAGGAUUAUGGGAACUACACCUGCGUGGCCUCAAACCGACUGGGCGUCCAGAAUGCCAGCCUGUUCCUCUAUAGACCCGGGACAGGUCGAGACAUCAGUGGCGCUGCCUGUGUAUCUCAAUCACUGUGGCUCCUGUUGGCCUCCUUCGCCUGCCUUUUCUUCAAGUGUUAAUACCACUGUCCCCCUCUUCCCCCCUCCCGGCCUUUUCUUCCUAUCUUCCUCCACCACCACCUCCUCCUCCUCCUCCUCCUCCUCCUCCUCCUCCUCCUCCUUCUCUCCAGCUCACCGACAUCCUUAUUGCUCCCAUAUUACCAACUUUUCCGCCCCCUACCAGACUGUUUGCAUCAUGAUAUGAAAACCUUACUUCUGCUCUCGAAAGCACUGCUUACAGAUGUUACAAAAAAGCGACGGGGUUGACGAGUGAAAUGUUCAGAACAACAACAACAAAAACAGCGGAAUGAAGGACAGGACAAGCAAACAGUGCUCUUUUAAAGAAAUGCAUUGCUCUUUUUUGAUUCGUAUGCACUUCUUUUUUUUCCCUGCUAUAUCUUUGUCUUUGGGGUCUGGAAUCGGGUUUGGGAUUUGUUGUAUUAUUAUUAUUUUUUUCGUCUUCAUGAGAGUGAAAGCAGAGGCACUCCCUUUGCUUCUAGAAGAACUGAAGACAUACAGUAUAAGGUAUAUUUCUUCUCACUCCCUCUAUGUUAACUUAAAUUGUAGAUUUAACCGAGAGUGUUUAACCAGUGCAUUAACGUGCAACAUGCAAAGUAUCUGCCAAAUAUACAUAUACUGUAGAUUUGAAACUAACACAUUGCAGAAAUCAGAGGGGGGAAUACAGCAGCUGAUCCCGUCACGAGAUUAAAUCCUGGUAUUAAAGUCUGUACAACCAUUCAGUUGAAACGCAGACGCACAGCAUUAGGAGUCUCUGCUCCAAUCGAUGACAUCGUUUCUAGAUGCGGCCGUUGCUCGGGUCGUUGCCGUCCAGCCGAGAAAUUGUAGAAUCGAUCGGUCGAUGCCGCCGAGCUAAGCGCGGAGAACAAACCCCCCAAGAAGUUUCUUUACCGCCACUCGCCUUUUAUUCCAAAAGAAUUCCUCCUUUUGUUUUUACAGCCGGACUCUCACUACCAAUAGAAAAGAAAACACAGUAGGUUAUGGCGACGCGUACUGUACAUAGUAAAACAUUUUUGUAUUUCUCUAUGAUGAGGCGACUCGCUCUGCCGCUGUAACAACACAGGAAACGGAGGAGAUCGCCGCGGCGACCGACCCGUCCGUCCUGUUGCGGGCGGCCUCCGCUGCACGGCCGCGUUCAGCCAACACAUACUGUACCACGGGCAGAGUUUUUGCUUUUUAGUCCACGAGUUCUAAGAUCAUUCUUCUUCUAAAGUGCUGGGAUUUGGAUUUUAAAAAAAAGAACAAGAAAAAAGUAUGACACCAAUGAAUGACUUACCUUUUAAGUUUGUUUGUUUUUUCUCUCUUUCAAAGACCUAAUGUGUGUUUUAAUAUGAAAUGCUACGGGAAAAAAAUCAUAAUAUAUUGAUAUUGAGGUUAUUUUUUUCUGUCCUUUACCUCAUUCAUUUUAGUUGUGUGUGUGUGUGCGCGUGCGCGUGUGUAUAUACAUAUACAUAUACAUAUAUAUACUUGAAUCCAAUGACCUGAGACUAUUUGAAAGUGUGUCCAUGUUUCUGAAUAGGGGGGAUAGCGCUUUGUGAAGGAUGAAGAACCUGUAGACGUCUUCGUCUGGCAACCCUGUUCUGUCAUGUGACCUGACGCCCGUUAUGAAAAGAUGUUUGAAGAACAGAAAAGCAAAAGAUAAAAAACGUAAAAGGGAGACAGUUUUGUGCAGUUGCUCUGGUGACCUUUCCUUGAGAUAUAACACAAGUGCUGGCCUACGGGAUAUUAUAUGAGGAAUGUCAUGUUGAGCCUGUGAUGUGGGCGUAGCAGCAGUCGAUACGAGAGCGGCAGAGAAAGCGAACCCCUCUGUGGCCUUCAGGGCCUCGGAAACCGACGGGCUUCUUUAGACAAAAGGACAUUGCGUUACAUCUGCUCUAGGAAAAAAAAAAUCCUCACUUUCACACCUUGAAUUUAUUCUUCCUUUUCGAACAAAACCAAUAUCCACCGGGUCAAAUAAUCUGUGAAGCUCACGAGAAGAUACUUUCCACAACGGUUUCCGAUCCUUUCAGGAAAGCAGCUCCAAAGGUCGCGGCUGUUGUGAUGAUGAUGAUGAUGAUGAUGAUGAUGAUGAUGAUGAUGAGAAUUGCAGAGACUGUGCACUAUUAAAGCUGCCUUCUCUUUUUAUUUAAUUUUUUUGCCAUUUCUUUUUGACCCGCCGUUAUAAGGUGACUAAGCUCGCGUGGACUCCGGCGCCACGGCUCCGCUCCACCACUGGAUUGUGCGUUCGCGUCUCCGCUCUCCUCUUUAACAAGCCAAGCCGAGAUAGUACUAGUACUGUAACACACACACACACACACACACACACACACACACAAACACACACGCGUGUAAUUAAUGUCAUCCUUGUUAUCAUGCAUUAAAAGACUUGUUACCCA